UAUUUAUCUCUGAAGCAAAACAGUAAAUUCCAGUCUCUGUUUAACGGGAAAAAAGGAACGACGAAUUAAAGAAAGAAAGAAAAACCCAUAAUUUUUUUCUCAACGGAAAAAACUUCUUUUUCCCGCGAAUUCAUUCUCAAUUUUGACAGAGAAAGAUUGUCUUUAAAGCCCUUUGCAAUAAGGUUUUUGUUGGGAGGGCACAUGAGGAGGGUUCUACCGGAAACAUCUAAGCCUUCGUCAGAGCGCCCCACCACGUCGUCGACGUCGGUGAUGGAGACGGUGAACGGAUCUCACGAGUUCAAGAUCACGGGGUAUACUCUGUCGAAAGGUAUGGGGGUCGGCAAGUAUAUAGCUUCCGAUAUAUUCAUGGUGGGUGGAUAUUUGUGGGCGAUCUAUUUUUAUCCCGAUGGGAAGAGCCCCGAAGAUAAUGCCACCUACGUUUCCUUGUUCAUUGCUUUGGCGAGCGAGGGGACUGACGUUAGGGCGCUUUUUGAGCUAACGCUUUUGGAUCAGAGCGGGAAAGAGAGGCAUAAGGUGCACAGCCAUUUUGGGAGGACGCUUGAAAGCGGACCGUACACUCUCAAGUAUCAAGGCAGCAUGUGGGGCUAUAAACGAUUGUUCAAAAGAACUCUACUUGAGCAAUCGGACUACCUCAAAGAUGAUUGCCUCUCUGUCCAUUGUAGUGUUGGCGUUGUUAAGUCACAUACAGAGGGUCCUAAGAUCUACUCCAUAGCUGUACCUCCUUCAAAAAUUGGUCAUCAUUUUGGACAAUUGCUAGAAACUGGAAAGGGAUCUGAUGUAAGCUUUGAAGUUGAUGGAGAACUCUUUCCUGCCCACAAGUUGGUACUUGCUGCACGUUCACCUGUGUUUAGGGCACAACUUUUUGGUCCUAUGAAAGAUCAGAAUACAAAGCAAAUAAAAGUUGAAGAUAUGGUAGCUCCAGUUUUUAAGGCCAUACUUCACUUUAUAUACUGGGAUUCUCUACUCGACAUGCAAGAGCUCACUGGUCUCAACUCAAAGUGGGCCUCUACAUUGAUGUCUCAACAUCUGCUUGCAGCUGCAGAUAGGUAUGGGCUAGAGAGGCUGAGAAUAAUCUGCGAGGCCAACCUUUGUGAGGAAGUUGCCAUCAACUUGGUGGCAACUACAUUGGCCUUGGCUGAGCAGCACCAUUGUUUCCAGCUGAAAGCUGUGUGUCUCAAGUUUGUUGCAAUGCCUGAAAAUCUUAGAGCUGUAAUGCAAACAGAUGGUUUUGAGUACUUGAAGGAAAGUUGUCCGUCUCUGUUGACGGAGCUGUUGGAGUAUGUGGCUAGAGUAAACGAGCACUCCAUGUUUACAUGCAAACAUGGGAAUGAAGCCAUCUUUGAUGGAAGUGAUGCGAAUGGCAGGCGGGUGAAGCAACGGCUUUAGUUGCAGCAUGCCACAGUAACUAGAAAAAAGAAAUUAACGACCAAAAUAGAGCAAAAUAUAAUUCUCUAUAGGACUAUAUUUUUUUGGUAUUUGUAAGAGAUGUAAAUUCAGUUGUGCUUUGUGUUGAGAAGUGUUUACACCAUUGAAAUUCCUAGUCUUUAACGCUUAUCAUC